AUGAGUAAUAACAGAGGAGAGCAACCGACAUUAAAAAAGAGAUGUGAAAUGAGUGCGGAGGUUCUUGCAGUGCUCCGAUCAAAAAGACGGGAAGACGCACUGAAUGCGGUUCGCCUUGAAUCGAUCAAUUUGAUGUCUUGCAAUGAAGAAGAGUUGCCAUCUAUCGAGACGAUGAUAGAAACGACUCAAAAAGCAAUUCAUGGGGAUAUCUCCAGUUUAAAACUUCUCCAGACGUUCUUUUCGUCGAAGUGCUUUGUCUACAACAACUUAAUAAUGAAGUACCAAUGGUGUGCCACACUUUUAAAUUCGCCGUUUAACUCCAACAAUGAAUACGCCCACUAUGUGGUACUCUUUCUAGCUUCGUACACACAGUCCAACCACCACGAAUAUUCAAAAGACCUUGUUACUGCCAAAAUAGGAGAUUAUUUCUCCUUUUAUUUCAGUAAAGGUGGUGAAAUAGCACGGGCAUUGCUGUGGUGUGUCUCUAAUGUCAGCAGUGAAGGGACUCUUCUCGCAGAAUAUUUUCUGAAUGCGGGGAUAGUCCAUUACGCGCUUGAAUAUUACAAAACAAAUCCCGUGAAUAACCAGACGAUUGUGUGUUGGCUCUUCUCAAACAUAUUCAUCACACGUGUACUGUACAACUUAGAGAUCAUACGAGAGAUCUUUAUGUUCCUUGUCUCUUCACUGAACUCGACGAAUGUGGAGACUGUCAAAUAUUCUCUCUGGGGAAUUAGUUAUCUAGCAGAAACAACAAGUUACGAAGAGUUGGUUUUAUCAAAGGAGUUAAUAAAUAAAGUGAUUGAGCUUGUCCAAAGCAAAUACGAAAUUAUUGUUCUCCCUGCAAUGAAAUUCAUUGGAGCGCUUUCGACCAAAAGUGAUCGCGUAAGCUUUAUAUUGAUCAACUGUGGGAUAUACGAAGUGUUACAAAAGGUGAUCAUAACCAACUUACAGAAUGAGCGAAUACAACAAGUGGUGUAUUGGUCCAUUUCAAACAUGAUUGGAACGUCUGAUGUGUCACUAGCAUAUCCACUCUUCACUAACACUCAAAUACCACAAAUGAUUUAUGAAACAAUGAAAUCAGUCGACAACCCACCCGCUUUAGAAAAGGAGUUACAAUACCUAUUGGUCAAUUUGGUCUUCAACAAAGACGAUUUGUAUCUUCAAUUGGUCAUCAGUAAAAUACCCGGAAUCGGCCAGUUACUCGUCGAAACGUUAUCAAAAGACCCGCGACAAACUCUCGUCAAUAUGUUAGUCAUCGGCAUAUACAACAUAUUAAUGUUUUACAUCAAUCAAAACGUCAUGCCUUCCGAUGUUAUAGACAUGACAAGUUUAGUAACCGCCCUUCACAAAUACGAACAUGAGACUUUCCUCUCGGAGCGUGUACGACUGUUUAUACGAAUGAUUUUAGACUCAAUUGAAGAGUCGAGUGUCAUUGAGUGA